UGGGUGGGGGGUGGGCCCAACACCUUCUCUGCACCAGGAUCAGGGCUCCGGGCAAACGUGUUUACCAGAGAGCGAGGAGCCUAUUUAUAGCCUCAGCUGCCGCUCUCCCUGGAUCACGGGCAAGGGGGCAGGGUGGCUCCUCAGAACAAGGGUGGUAGUCACCCGGCUCUGCCCAGCUGCCACUGGCCGGGUCCCUGCACCUCUUCCCAUGGCCAGAGAGCCCUUCCCCUCUACCUCUUCCACACUGCGCUCUCUCCGCCUGCAGCGCGAGUGGCUGGAGUGGGAGGAGCGGCGCCGGGCAGCAGCAGCCCAGCAGUGGUGCCGGGGUCCGAGGUGUCCCCCGAGUUCCAGGGCCCGGCUCACUAGGCCCCGCCACUCUUGCCGAGACCCGGCGGUCCACAGCGCCCUGUUCUCUGGCGACCUGCAACAGGUCCAAGCCUUGUUCCAAGAUGAAGAUGCCGCCAACAUGAUUGUGGAGACCGUGAGCGACCAGCUGGCCUGGUCGCCGGAACAGGGGUUCUGGGUGCUGACCCCCAAGACCAAGCAGACCGUGCCCCUCACUAUUGCUGCGGCCCGAGGUUAUACCGCCUGCGCCCGCCACCUCAUCCAGCAGGGAGCUGAGCUGGAUGCCCGGGUCGGGGGCCGGGCAGCCCUGCACGAGGCGUGUGCCCAGGCCCAGUCUGACUGCGUGCGGCUGCUGCUGACCUUUGGCGCCAAGGCCAAUGUGUUGUCGGAGGAAGGCACAACUCCCUUGCACCUCUGCACAGCCCCCGGGUCCUUGCAGUGUGCCAAGCUGCUGUUGGAGGCGGGGGCUACCGUGAACGCCGCUGCGAGGGACAGCGAGGUGACACCCCUGCACGUGGCGGCCGCACGCGGCCUGGAGGAGCACGUGGCUCUCUACUUGGAGCACGGGGCCGACGUGGGCCUGCGCACCAGCCAGGGUGAGACGGCUCUGAACGCGGCGUGUGCUGGGGCCGAGGGCCCGGGCAGUGGCCGGAAGUACCAGGCUGCGGCGCGCCGGCUCCUGGAGGCCGGGGCCGAUGCCCGGGUGGCCGGGCACAAGCGCCACACACCGCUGCACAACGCCUGCGCCAACGGCUGCGGGGCCUUGGCCGAGCUGCUGCUGCGCCACGGGGCCUGCGCGGGGGUGCCCAACGCGGCAGGCCACACGCCCAUGGACUGCGCGCUGCAGGCUGUCCAGGACGUUCCUAGCUGGGAGCCCGAGGUCCUCUUCUCGGCACUGCUGGACUACGGGGCCCAGCCAGCGCAGCCGGAGAUGCUGAAGCACUGUGCCAACUUUCCUCGGGCCCUGGAAGUCCUGCUUAAUGCCUACCCUUGUGUGCCGUCCGGUGACACGUGGGUGGAGGCCGUGCUCCCUGAGCUGUGGCAGGAGCACGAAGCCUUCUACAGCUCGGCCCUGAGCAUGGCGAACCAGCCAAGGCGCCUGCAGCACCUGGCCCGGCUGGCUGUGCGCGCUCAGCUGGGGAACCGCUGCCGCCAGGCUGCCGCCUGCCUCCCCCUGCCGCAGCUCCUCAGGGACUACCUGCUGCUUCGUGUGGAGGGGCACAUCCAGUGAGCGCCACGCCAGGCUGCUCCCACAGCUGGUCCUGCUGUCUUCAUCCGUCGCAUCCCUCAACCCUAGAGAACCCGUCGCUGGCCCUCUGGGCCGCACUCUGCAUUCCCUCCCGGGCCAGCUCCUCCCUCCGCUGGCUGCCUGAGCCGACUGCUGACCUCUAGCCUGACCUAAGCUUCAGCCCCACUCCGACGGGAAGGUCUGCAGACUCAGCCUUCACCCAUCUCUUCUUUGCCUAAGUGGGUGAUGGCCCCUCCAGCCACCCGGGCCCCAGGCCAGGGGGUGGUGAUCCGUGUUGCACCCCCAUCCUCUGCCACCUGUAUAUCUGCUCAGCUUCCUGAAGGGUGACAGACUCUGCCUCUAGCUGAACUGCUGUUGCCAUUGCAUUGCCAUUGUCAUUUGAAGGGAGGACCUCAUGGAAUGAUCUUGAAACCCAUGCUCCCCCCGCCAAGAUUUUAUUUAUUUAUAUUUAGAGAGAGGAAAAGGGAGAAAGAGAGGGAGAGAAACAUCGAU